AAGAAAUUUUCUUGGUAUGAAAUAAAUGUCACUUUUUUACGCUCCGCAAGUUUUUAUGCGGCCGCCAUUGUAAAAAUUUGGUGGUUUCACAGUGAGGUCUCCGGUGACAUAAUGUUGAUCUGAAAAGAACUGAGUUAAAUGUAACAAUGUCGCAAACACCGAGGAUCAUCCACUUGCCCAAAGUGAGGAUGCUGAGCCGCGGGGGGCGGCCGUCAUCCAUCAAGAUAACCAAUGUCAAGUCGAUCAGACCCCCUGACCCUGCACUUGUCAAGAAGCAAGAGGAGGAGAGGCUACGUGCACAGCUCGAGAAAGAGAUAGCGCUACGUGGUCGCACGUGCGCGCACGCGGCGUACGAGUGCACGCUGCCCGUGGUGUCUGGCCGCUCGUACUGCGCCCGCCACAUACUGGAUGACAAGACCGCGCCGUACAAGCAGUGCGUGCACGUCGCACAAAAUGGCGUCCGCUGCUCGCUACCCGCGCCCGCUGAGAAAGAACAAGGGUUGUGUUUCGAACACGCGCGCGCCGCCCUGUACGCCCGCCAGCGCAGCGCCGCGCCGCCGCCGCCAGUCACCACAAGCGAGACUCUGCUCAACCAGCUACAGCACUACGUGCGACCGGAGCGCACUCGGACGACGUCGUGCGCGUCGGCGGUGUCGGUGGUGAGCGAGCCCGGCGACAUCGACCAGGCCACGCCGCUAGCUAUCGACCCCUUUAAGGACAUAGACGGUCGCGCGGUGAACGCACAAGUAUCCAGCUCGUUGAUGGAGUGCGGCAGCGGGAGCGACAGCGACGCGGACGACGCCGUCGCCGGCCACCCCGACCUGCCCCUGUCAGAUACAGAGGACGCGCCAGCCGAGGACAUGCCGUUGUGGCGGGCCGGAGUUUACACAGCAGAGGAGGCGGUUAGCGAAACCAAGACAGUACUCAAGACGCUGAGGGAGGCGUAUAUUCAACAGAUGAAGAGACUGAGAGUAAUGCUGCAGACGGCCAGGCUGGAAUAUGUGAGGUCUCUCCGAGCCGAGAAGGAGCAAUACUGCAGCAUAAACUCGCAAGCCCGGAGCGGCGUGACGGUGCGCGAGCGGCGGCAGCUGCGCCAGCUGAAGGCGUACGCCGGGUACAGGCGCGCCGCGGGCCGAGCCGCCGUCAUGGCGCGACAGCUGCACAAGCGCCGCGCAAGGGUCCGCGAGCACCCGCGCGGCGCGCCGCAGCCCCGGUGCCGGUUCGCGGAGGGCGGCGUGCGGUGCGACACCAACGCGCUGCCCGCCGCAAGAUACUGCCUCAAACACAUACUCAACGACCCACAUCAGGUGCUGUUCAAGAUGUGCGGCGACACGCGCGGCGUCGCACGGUGCCGCGAGGUGGUGGCGCGCGGGCCGCUGCCGUCCGCCGCCUGCCGCUACCACACCGGUGUGCCGACCUACACGCCCUUCACGCUCAAGAAAGACGAGAGCGACAGUGAUUCAGAAUCUCGGUCGUCGGAAGUGUCGCACCCGGAAGAAUUACCGGAGCUGGAGUUCAAAACGAGUGAAGAUGUAGUGGAGGAGACCGUCGUAACUGAGCCCAUCCAGUACGACUGACACAUGGACCUCGAUCGCAUCAUACUAGACGAUAUAUGGAAUGAGUGAAUAGAGUGAUUGUGUAGUGUAAUUAGUGUACAGAAUUUGUGACUUCCAAGCGAAUUUAUAUCAUAAGUAUUCCUAAUUCCUACUGAUCUGUAUUAAAAGUCCCUAUUCUUAUAAAUAACAUUUAUCCAAAAAAAAAAU